AUGUCUAAAUCCCAGCAGGACGUCUAUUUCAACCAGAUGAUGGCCUCCUUCCGGCAACCCCAACGCCACCAAACUUUCCCCUUGGUGUCGACGAGGGCCUACCCCAACCCAAUCCGAACCCACGCCAGCACUGUACCCAACCUCCAUACCACGGGGUACCACGGUGUCACCGGAUAUCCCCCUUCCAAUCUCGCCAUCGCCAGUGCACCCAACUUGGACUUGUGCACCCCUAAUGAUCCUCGGAUCUCCUCUCCAAACCCGACCGCGUCCAUCCCGCCCCUUGCUGUCUUUUCCGGUUUCGACCCCUUCCAAUCCAACGACUUCAGGUCUCCGUCAUGGCCAUUCGACACCUUCGGUGGACCCAACGAGAGCAACCCCCACUUUGACCCGGCGCUCACUACCCUCAUGAUGUCCCCUGAGACCUACCCAUCGCCACAGGUGCACGACGAGUCAUUCGAAAUGGACGUUUUCAACUUGGAGGCUCCCGCAGGUUCCAGCGAGGACACUUACAUCGAACCAAGAAUAGACACUCACGUCGGCCCCAGCGUGGAACUUGCAGGGGUCCCGCUCCAGCUCCAAAACCGCUGUCUUCCUCGCCGUUCCUCCUCUUCCGGUGUGCUCAUGCCCUCCAUCCUCUACGGCGAUCUCUCCCUCCUACCCCAAGCAGAGCAGCGUCCCGGUGACGAAGCGCUUGCGUUUGAGCCCGGCGCGUCCGUUGGUGAAAGACCUACGAUCUUAUUCAACUUCCGUCACCUCGACUUCAAAGAUCCGGCGCAGUCGCGACAGAGGCGCGUGCGUCAUAAUGGCCACAAGGACGGUAGGCCGUGCACGCGAUACGAGCUGGCGCAAGUGGUGAGCAAGCAGCUACUGAAAGUCCCCGGGUUCGGCGGUCUUCACAUCAGCAUCGACGGACUCGCGGUUCCUCAAGAGAACAUCGUCCUCCUUCGAGUCGACCACGUAUCGCAGGGGACGCUCCAGCCGAUUCUGGGUUACACUCUCAGCCUCGCACAAUUCGCACAAGGCGACAACACUCCACUUUUUGUCAUCAUGAACGGGGAACUCAAGAUUCUACCCAUAUAUGCCGAGGUUGGGGCUCCGCGGCACCGCAGGCUCUCUCGAGGGCUACGCCUUUUGCUGGGUGCCGCUCUACUUCUCGCCGGGCUGCAGUACCUUCACCUCGCGUCGGGAACGUGGUCCGAGCGGGAGAGCGUACAAGUACCGCUGCGCGCGCCAGAGUGGCUUGACAAGUGCCGACUUCUCAAUGUCAAGCCUGGUCCCCCGCCUGACUUCCACACCCGCAAGCACUCGGACCGCUUUGUUCCUGGAAUGCCGGCCGCUCUGAUUACCAAUGCGACAAUAUGGACUGGAGGGGACAACGGAAACGAAGUGAUUAAGGGCGACGUUCUCUUGGCUGAUGGUCUUAUCAAGCGUAUUGGGGCAAUCGACGCCAGUCUUCUAUCCCAGUACCCGGAUAUCAAGCAUGUGAACGGGCAUGGCAAAUGGCUCACCCCCGGGCAAGUGAUGGCCUGUAAUAUCAUUGUUGACACAGCUGAUCGGCGUGUAUCCAGUAUUGUAGACAUGCACAGCCAUCUUGGAGUGGACAGCGCUCCUGCCCUCAACGGAGCCAAUGACGGGAACUCAGCGCAUGGUCCAAUCCUCCCGUGGCUCCGCGCGCUCGACGGGCUCAACACGCGGGACGAUGCAUAUGCUCUAAGCAUCUCCGGAGGACUUACAACCGCCAACGUUCUUCCAGGGUCAGCGAACGCGAUUGGUGGACAAGCCGUCCUCAUCAAGUUGCGUCAUACAGAUGACCGCGCCCCCACCGGAAUGCUCCUAGAGAAUCCUUAUGAGACCAACAGGAGCGUCUACGAUCCACAUGUGUCCUUCCGGUACAGGCAGCUCAAGCAGGCGUGUGGAGAAAAUCCUCAUGGAUGGAAUGGUCUCACUCGGAUGGACACCGCGUGGAAGUUCCGCGAGGCUUACGAAACAGCGCGUAAAAUCAAGGUCGCGCAGGAUGAGUUCUGCGCAAAAGCGAUGGAUGGUGACUGGGCUGGACUCGGAGAUUAUCCUGAGGACCUCCAGUGGGAGGCUUUGGUGGACGUGCUCCGUGGACGUGUGAAGGUCCAUACGCAUUGCUACGAGACGGUCGAUCUCGAUGAUCUCGUGAGGAUCUCCAACGAGUUCAAAUUCCCUAUCGCGGCUUUCCAUCACGCCCACGAGACUUACCUCGUGCCGGACACGCUGAAGGCCGCAUACGGGCAUCCGCCGGCCAGUGCUUUGUUUGCUACGGAGGCACGUUAUAAGCGCGAGGCGUUCCGCGGUUCCGAGUUUGCGCCGAAGAUCCUCGCGGAACAUGGCCUGCAGGUGGUGAUGAAAUCCGACCAUCCAGUGCUAAACUCGCGCUACCUCCUAUUCGAAGCCCAACAAGCGCAUUACUACGGCCUUCCGCCCAACUUGGCGCUGGCGGCCGUUACGUCUACACCUGCCACAGUUCUAGGUCAAAGUCAUCGGAUCGGCUUCUUGAGACCUGGUUACGAUGCGGAUGUUGUUCUUUGGGAUAGUCACCCCCUUUCCCUUGGAGCUACGCCGCAGCAGGUCUGGAUCGAUGGCAUCCCACAGUUUUCCGCCCCCCACCUCCUCUCCAAGCCCGACUCCUUCCAAGUCGUCCCCAAGACGCCAAAUUGGGACCAGGAGAUCAAGGAGACGAUGAAAUACGACGGGCUUCCUCCGCUGAUGCCCAGGCCCGCGUCCGCGGAGACCGUUGUCUUCAACAACAUCCGCAACCUCUGGUUGCGCGACGCGGGUCGGUUGCACGAUGCGUUCUCCACCAAGGGCGCGAGCGCGUCUGGGGACGGAGUCGUCAUCGUGCGUCGGGGCGCCGAGCUCGCCUUUUGCGCGCACCCCUCGGAGUGCGGCGCAAAGCUCGCGGGUCUCGACGCGACCAACGCCGAAUUCGUCGACCUCGAGGGCGGCGCCAUCUCUCCCGCGCUUACGUCUGUGGGCACUCUCCUCGGGCUCGCAGAAAUCGACCAGGAACCAUCCACCCACGACGGCGAGGUCGCAGACGCCCUCAACGAAGCCAUCCCGGACCUCGCUGGUGGCUCCGGUGCACUCAUCCGCGCAGUCGACGGUCUAAUAUUCGGUACACGCGAUGCUCUGCUCGCGUACCGCGCCGGUGUGACCACCGCCAUUUCCGCGCCCGAAUCCUACGGCUUCAUGCUCGGCCUCAACGCUGCCUUCUCCACAGGCGCCGCGCACCGCCUCGCCCGCGGCGCAGUCGUGCAAGAGACCGGCGCGGUGCAUGUCGCGAUCCACAUGGGUGCCAAAGCAAGUGUGAGCACCCAGAUCGCCACGCUUCGCGCGCUCUUCCUCGGGAACGGCACCUCUGGCGACGUCGCGGACUGGUUCGCGCGGAUCCGUGCCGGGGGCCCGCCGCUCGUCGUGCACGCGCAGAGCGCGGACGUCAUCGCGUCCGUCGUCGCGCUCAAGAAGGAAGUGGAGGCCAGGGGAGGCGCGCGCAUGCGGUGGACGAUCAUGGGCGCGACGGAGGCGCCGCUGCUCGCGAGGGAGCUGGGCGAGGCGGGCGUCGGUGUGAUCUUCACGCGCGCAAGGCCGUUCCCGGAGGCUUGGGAGAACCGCCGGAUGGUCCCCGGUCCGCCACUCACUCCGAAGAGCGCUCUGGUGAUCAUGAAGGAGAACAACGUGACCGCGGGCAUUGGGAUCACGGAGACGUGGGAUGCGCGCAAUGCGCGGUUCGAUCUUGCCUGGGCUGCCCUCGAAGCAGAUGGUGCUUUUUCCAAGGCCGACGCCUUGGCUCUCGCUUCUCUCAACGUGGAGACGUUGCUUGGUGUUGAGUCGGAUGGUCUGCAAGGUGAUCUAGUGGCAACCAAGGGCGGAGAUUUGUUUGGAUUUAGCAGCAAGGUCGUGGGUGUGAUCUCUGCUCGUCGAGGGCUCGUAGACUUGCUUUGA